CAGGCCUGGAGGGACAGCCGGUGGGCGGGGCGUGAGCGCCGGGGUCCUUUUCCGUUCCCCCGACCUCUGCGAGGAGUGACAGCCUCAGAGACAAGAGCCAUGGGUUUACUCUCAGAGUUGAAGUUGGCCGUGCCCUGGGGCCACAUUGCUGUCAAAGUCUGGGGCUCCCAGAAGAACCCUCCGGUCCUCUGCCUGCACGGCUGGCUGGACAAUGCCAACUCCUUCGACAGGCUCAUUCCUCUUCUCUCAUCAGACUUCUGUUACGUGGCCAUGGAUUUCGGAGGCCACGGGCUCUCCUCCCAUUACAACCCAGGUCUACCGUAUUACCACCAAAAUUUUGUGAGUGAGGUCCGGAGGGUGGCGACAGCCUUUAAAUGGACUCAGUUCUCCCUCCUGGGCCACAGUUUCGGUGGCACCGUGGGCGGCAUGUUCGCCUGCAUCUUCCCGGAGAUGGUGGACAAGCUUAUCUUGCUGGAAUCGACGCCAUUUCUUCUGGACUCUAAUGAAAUGGAGAACCUACUGACCUACAGGCGGAGGAACAUAGAGCACACGCUGCAGGUGGAGGCUUCCCAGAAGUCCCCGAGGGUGUUCAGCCAAGAGGAGAUGUUGCAGGGGUUCCUGAGUAACAACAGCCACUUGAGUAAAGAGUGUGGGGGACUCCUACUGCAGAGGGGAGCCACGAAGGUGGGCACAGGUCUGGUGCUGAACAGGGACCGGAGGAUCUCCUUGCCAGAGAACAGCUUUGACUUUGUGAGCAAGGAACUGUUUAUGCACUCCUUGGGGAGCCUGCAGGCCAACGUGCUGAUGAUCAAAGCAAUGCAGGGCUACUCUGGCGUGAGACGAGUCAAUGAUGAUGACAAGGGGCCCUUGGUCUUCAUGGUGGACACACUAAGAUCCGUCCUAAAGGAGCGGUUCCAGUAUGUGGAAGUCCCAGGCAAUCACUACGUCCACAUGAGUGAGCCCAGCCUUGUGGCUGGAGUCAUCAACUCCUUUCUACAGAGCCAGGCCAAGAUGACCCCAGAAACCCCUGCGAGGCUGUAGCUCUGGACUGGGAUCCUGUUCACAAGUUCUAGCUUCCACUGGGUCUCGAGCACCCUCAUUCUACCAAAUAGGUGGGCGUGGGUCUCACUGGGCUUGGAAACCAAGAGGGGCAGGGAAAAAGAGACUCUGACCUUAUCUGUGACCUCAAGGAGGGGACAAGGAGUCCAGGACUGUGUUUGGUAAGCUGCAGUGAACUGGUAGCACGGAGGAAGCAGGCCUGGGCCUCUGCGCUCAAAGGCUUCUGGAGCCUGUCCUUGCCCCAAGCCUGUGUGGAAAUAAAAAUCUUCUGCCUUCACUGCA